AUGCACGGGAAUCGUCAGGAGGCAGCUGGUGGAUUACCAUGGGUUGCCGAUGGAUGGGGGCGGGCGCGGAACCUCGCCGCUGGUGAGAGCCUUGGGGGGAGGGCAUGUGGAGACGUUCAAGUGGUUGCUGGAGGCGGGGCCGCAGGUGCCGAGCGUGUGGGAGGACUAGAGCGUGCGGGCGGCGGAGAUGCAGGCGGCGUUGUUGGUGGAGUAUCGUUACGGGUUUGGAAAUAG